AUGCCGUCUGGGAGGGGGACCCGGGGUUUGCGGCUUUGCCCCCGGAGGGAGCAAAGGGAGGUUCCACCGCGGCCGCAGGCGCCCGGAACUCACAGUCAGGGUCUCGAUUUCCGCCCGGAACGCUGCUCCCGCCUCCCGGAAGUUGCGCUCGCUGCCCGGAAAGAGCUCAGAGAGCGCUGUGCCCAGUGCGAUGCCGUGUCUUGGGGUCUGACUGAUGAGGGCAAAUACUAUUGUACUUCCUGCCACAACGUUACAGACAGAUCUAAGGAAGUUUUAAACACCGAGGCGAUUCCUAACACUAAAGUACAAGCUGUCAGCCGGGGGCUUAAAGGGAGGAAAAAACAUGAGAGAGGCUGGGAUUGGUACGUGUGCGAAGGCUUCCAGCACAUUCUGUGUCAGCAAGCCGAGGCCUUGAAGGCCCUGGGGGUGGGCCCCGAAUUCAAGAAUCAAGUUUUACAUAACUUUUGGAAGCGCUACCUUCAGAAGAGCAAGCAGGCGUAUUGCGAAAACCCGGUUUAUGCCAGAAAAAGGAAAGCUGCGGUCCUGGGGAGUCCGAGCCACUCGGACUGGGACAGUGAGCCCGCGCUGCUGAGUGACGCCAGCGGCCCUUCUUGGGGUGAAAGUGGGGCCGAGCCCCAGGCUGACGGCCGCAGGAAGCCCUCCCCGCCCAGCAGAGCCUCCCAGUCAGAAAUGGCAUCCGUCUGCUCCGGGUCUCUGGAUGGAGUCGAGUACUCUCUGCGCAAGGAGAAGGGGCUGCUGAAGAUGACCGUGCCCGCGACCCUGGCUCUCUGCGGCCUGUCGUUGCUGUGGCAGCGGGAGGCGCUCGCCCUCUCCGACCUCCUGCGAUUUGUUGAAGAGGGCCAUAUUCCUUAUGUAAAUGCUUUUGAGCAUUUUCCAGAAGAGAUGAAAUUAUAUGGGCGUGACAAAGGAAUCUUUGCUAUAGAGUCGUGGCCCAGCUACGAGGACAUCUAUCGGAAGAUGAUCGAAGUCGCCACCUUCCUGGACCUGCCCCGCUUCCCGGCCAUCACGGAAGACUGCUACCUCCACCCCAACGUCCUGUGUCGGAAGUACCUGAUGGAAGUCAACCUUCCCGACGAGAUGUACGAUCUCACCUGCCAGGUGGUGCAGAUGGCCGGCCUCGGCGAGGCCGACUUCCUGACGUUCGAUCCCAUCGCCAAGCAGGCGAGGGCCGUGAAGUACGACGUGCAGGCGGCGGCCGUCAUCGUGGUGGUGCUGAAGCUGCUCUUCCUGCUGGAUGACCGUGCGGAGUGGUCUUUGUCUGCGAUUGCUGAGACAUAUAACGAAGAGAACAAAGAAGAUAAGCCUUGUUUUGAGUUCAGAAAAUGGUACCAAGUUAUGAAGAAAUCCUUUGAUGAGAAAAAGCAAAAAUGGGAGGAAGCCAGGGCAAAGUUCAUGUGGAAAAGCGAGAAGCCACUCUACCACUCGCCCAUCGACAGAUCAGUGGUGUACAAACGGAGGGAGAUGGUGGUGAAUCUACAAAAACAAUUCAGCACACUGGUUGACUCAGUACCAACGGCUGCAAAAAAAAGCCCUUCCAGUUUUCAGUUCCGCUGGACGGGAGAGGUCCCCGGCCCGGUCUGCUUCCACGGGCACAGCCUCCAGGGCGUCCUGUCCCGGAAAGGCCGGUCGCUGACGACCCUGAACUCACUCUACUGGCUGAGCACACAGAGGUUCUGCAGAAGCUAUUGUAAGCAUGUGACAACCUAUGAAGAGUCCAACUUCUCACUGAGCUACCAGUUUGUAAUAAAUCUCUUCUCCUUCCUGCUGAGAGUCAAGACCUACUUCCUCCACGAAGAAGUGAGCUUAAUUGAAAAGAGACUUUUUAAGACAAAAUACAGUAAAGCAAAAACGAAACCUUCAAGAUCCAGGAAAGUGAGAAAAUGAGAAAAGCAAAAUAGACCCUUCCUAGGGAAAAUAUUUUAUAUUAAAAUUAAAAUAUUAAAAUAUUUUAAUUUUAAUAUAACAGUCCAAGAAGUAUGAAAAAUAGAAUUUUUUGCCUAUAUAUCCAUACAUAGACAUGCAUACAUAUAGUUCAUAUAUGUGUCGAUUGUGCUUAUAAAGUGUGUAUAAGUGAGCUCUGAGUUUAUUUUUUUAAUUAUAAAUAUUUUUUGAGAAAAUUAAAAAGCAAUGUUACAUAAAUGGUAUCCAGAUAUUUCUAUUCAUUGUAUUUUAGAGCUAAAUUUGCCUUUUAAACUAGAUCACUUCCUUAUUCUUUAUGUCCCAAAGUAAACCCCAGAUGGAUCAAAGAUCAAACAUUCUCGUCGUUUAUAAGCGUCAGAGGAAAGCAGGCCUGAAGGCUCCGGUGGUCUGGGGACAGGGAAGGACCUCCUAAGCCUGAAACCAGAGGCAAAAGGCAAGAUUGAUCAUAUGACGGCAGCCGAAAGCCAGCGGGAAACUGGAAAGAGUGGUAGCAUUUGAAGGAAUGAUCUCCGAAUGGAUCAAUAAUCCUAAAGCCCCAGCGGAGUGCCGGGCUGCGCAGGAGACGGGAACAGACCGCCUUCUGAACAAGGAAGCACCAAGCCGGACAAGGGACGUGGCGGGAAGGCAGCCUCGCUCUGCGAGAGACGCUCCCCGGCGCCGGGUCCUUCAGGCGGCUCAGGCGCGUUCGCCACUGGACUCGUGAUCUUUGCUGAUUUGGGUGGAAUCCCUUUUAUGGACAAAUCUUAUUUAUCUUUUUAAAUUAAAUUCCAUGCCACUGCAGUGAAACAUAAUUUUACCCCUGAGGUGCGA